UUUGAUUCUUGUAGUUAGUAGCGCUGCGGUCUGAUUCCAUUCUGGGUCGAUAACGCUGGACUCGACACUGAAAUGGUAAAAAGAUGGCAGAGUAUUGUCACAGACUAGGUAUAGGAUAGUCUAUGUCUUAAUUAUAGUCGUAAAUUACGACUUGUGAUUCCAAAGAGUGCUAAAUUCGAAUAACAGUGUGAACCGAUAAAAAGAAGCAGUGCAAGUCUAGUUGAACAGUUUAAUUUUUAUAACGAAUAUAUCUUUUUAAACAAUAUACUUUUUGAGUAAAGUCGUAACCUCUGAAUGUGUGUGGUCAUAAAAUUAUAAUCGACCGUUGUUUACUAUUUUAGCUGGUUAACCUUAAAAUGUAUAAAUCUGUUGAUCAUGAGAAUAAGUUUUUUUGAAAUGUGCAUUUCAUAGUUGUAACAUUUUACACAAGUAUUUAAAAUUUCUAUAAACAUUGCGCUUCUUUUAUUCGUUUCUUCAUGUGUUCGAUAUUAAAACAAAAUAGUUUAAACUUGAUCGCACGAUGUCCUGGACUAUAUUGUGGAAGAGAGUUGUUGCUCGAUGGAAAUUGGAGCGAUUGUGGAGCUUGCCCACGAGGAUUUAGAGCAAAUUUGUCUUCGAUGUGCGUGCCAUGCGAAGACGAGCCAAUGUUUUACGAUUGGCUCUAUCUUGGAUUUAUGGCAUUAUUAGCAUUAGUAUUACAUUGGUUUUGUAUCGAUAUGGUAUCAAUGAGGCGCAAUAUGCCCAAGGAAGUGAUCGCGUUGCAUGUGUCUGCUUUAUUCGAAGUUGUCGCAGCAUCUCUUAUUACUUUACAAUUAACCAAUCCCAUAGGUACUUUUUCGAUUAUAUCGUGCAGAGCUACAAAGCUCUCCGACUGGUAUACAUUACUGCAUAAUCCUAGUCCUAAUUAUGAAGAAACUCUGCAUUGUACACAAGAAGCAGUUUACCCUCUGUACACUAUGGUCUUUAUUUUCUAUGCUCUAGGAACAGCAAUUAUGUUAUUGAUAAGGCCACUGAUUGCUAAGAAAUUUUUACCAAAGCAAGGGAAGUUUUCAAUUUACGCUGCUCUUUAUUUCUAUCCAAUUUUAGCACUGCUACAUGCAGUUGGCGGUGGUUUGAUAUAUUACUCGUUUCCAUAUAUAACAAUAACAUUGUCUGUUUUAUCUAAUGCAGCACAUUUUGCAUUUAAAUUAAAUCAGACAAUGAAAGCAUUAUUAUUGAGUUCUGUGUCAGAUAUGAAGAACGUAAUAGUUAUUUUAGGUCAUUGGCUCUUACAUGGAUAUGGUGUAAUGGCUGUAGCAACUCUUCGCGGUCUUAGUAUUCAUCCAGCAAUGCUUGCUUUAGUACCUUUGCCAGCAUUAUUUUAUGUACUUACAGCAAGGUUUACAGAUCCGCAUAAACUUCACAUUGAAUAAACAUUUCUAUAAAAAUUCAUUACCGAUGUAAUGUUAAUAAAAUGAAAGCCCUCUUAGAAAAGAAAAAAAAAAAUAUUAGGUUUAGCGCGUGGAAUAAAUAUACAUACAUGUGUGUACGUGAGAGUGAGAGUGAGUUACGAAUCGUUUGUUAGAAUAUUUGAGUAGGUUCUAAUAGUUUAACAGAAAAUAAUUUAAAUAAAAGUUUAAAGGUAGAAAUUGUUGACCAGCGCAUAGUCCAAAAGAAA